GCAAGAUAGAGCGAAGUCAGAUAACCUUGAAGGACAGUGGCGUCGUACAGCUUGCUUCACCUAUGCUCACCAGUCUGCUGCUGUUGUGCGCGGUAGUCACAAGGCCACGGCCGAGACGCCCAUCUAGUCUUUUGACUACUGUAUAAAGAUGGAUAACUCCAAACAUGAGUUGGGGAAGGAGCCAGUAGUGUUGAGCUGGCAAGGUUGCAAACCCUUACCAACAAUACCAGACAUAAGCUUCGCCGUCUUUAUGUUGGAAGCGAUGGCAAAAGUAGUCAAGAGAGAUAACGGAGCAAUUGCCGUGGUGGAUGCAGAGACUGGGAAAAAAAGAACGUUCUCGGAGUUGUGUGAGUUAGUACCGAGGAUGUCAGCAGGGCUGAAAGCAGCAGGAGUUGGUCUGGGUGACAAGGUAUUGUAUUAUUCACUGAACCAUAUAGACUAUCCGCUGGUUUAUCUCUCCAUCCUGCACCGAGGAGCUUCCAUCGUUCAGAUCUCACCAAUCUACGAAAAAUUCCAAGAGGAUAUGAUGCACGCCAUGUUGCUAAGCGGUGCUAAUUGGGCAAUAGUACACGCUGAGCUGCUAGACCAGGCUGAAGCUGUAUUCUCCCUCUUGCCACCAAAUACCCUGAAGAAGAUGUGGGUGAUUGGUGGUGCCGUGGAUAGCCCAGCCAUUGAAGAUCUCAUGGCCUAUGCUCCGAUACCUCCAGUCACUCAGGUGAGGAUUCCAUAUUCUGGAGCUGGUUGUAAUCGGUGGUUUUGUUUGUAUUUCUUGUGCCAUGAGAAGAUUUGUAUUAUAAAAAAAAAACGAAUUAUGCAAAUUAGGAAAAUACGGAAUACAUUUCAUCCAAACGUAUUCCGUGUUACAUUGAUAACCCCAAUUAACUGGUUAACGAUAAUGAACACAUUAUGAUAUUAAUCUGUCUGAACACUUUUCAUUUACUCGUAAACAUUAUAAGGUAAACCAAUGAAAAUUCACUUUCUUUUAUGCAAAGAGAUAUAAAAAAUGUAUGUACAUACAUUCUUUUCAUAAUUGGAAAGACAUGAAAAGGUUCAUAAUGGUAGAAAUGUUUUCCACACGGUUUCCUCUGCACUUCAUCUUUUCUCAUGUGUAUCUCAGACUUACUCUGUCAUGGAUGGUUCUUCACUUUCUACUCUGAAAUUUCUAAUGAAAAUCAUGAAAUAAUUUGUGAAAUGUAAUUCAAGUGCUUUCUUGGUUUUGGUUGGCUUUUGAUGCUCAAGAUUUCUCUUUAUUCAUAAAAAGAAAAAAAAUGUAUAGGAUUAUAAAGAACUUACCACCGCAUGGGUUAAACUUUUACCUUAUGCAUUAUAGCUUUCUGAAUUAGGUGAUGGAUUUACAGGCACUGGAGGAAAAAAAAAAAAACUAAAAAAAUAUGUUCAUUUUUAUUCUAAUGGUAGAUUUUGAAAAACUGAAAAAAAUAACCUCACGUAAGUUCUCUCUGAAUACCAAUGCCUUCAACAGAGGUCUGUUACUCUUUAAGUCGUCGGAUCCCUAUAAAGAAACAUGGAAGCAGUUGUCCAUGAUAAUGGAUGCAUUAAUUUAUUUUAUUGAUUUGAUGGCGCCAGAUUUACUCUAACUUUUUAGAAAAAUAUUCUUACAGAUAUUGGUGUUAAUUUGAACUCUGUGUAUCAUUAGUGUUUUGAUACUACUAAAAACUAUACUGCACUCUUAACUAUAGUAAAAUAUUUCACAACCUAAAACUUCAUUGUUAGAUUUUUAC